AUGAAAACUGUUGCAGAAGCCAGACGGAGAUGGGAGACCCUUCUCGGUUAUGGCAGGGAUACAUAUGAACUAAAACAGGCAAUCAUAUCCGAAGACGGUGAAAAUCCAUGCGAAAAUGGUCUUCGAUCAGUGUGCUGGAAGAUAUUCUUGUUAUGCGACGACCUCGAUCGGUCAAAGUGGACAGAUCGACUUGCAGAUACACGCAGCGCUUAUGAUUCUCUCAAAGAUCAUUUUCUUAAAUACAUAAAGAAUCCAAACGAUCUGCAAUCCACAGUUGAUCCGCUCGCCGAAGAUGAAGAGUCUCCUUGGCAGGCUUUGCGCCACGAUGAAGCGACCAGGGCUGAAAUCUAUCAAGACGUGGAAAGAUGUUUGCAGGACAACUUCUUUUUCCGCGAACCAUCAACAAAACAAGGAAUGCAUGAACUGCUUGCGCCAAUACUGUGGGUAGUGGAGCGCGACGCAGUUGCUCAGUCUACGAAAACGAUCCCAGUCAACGCAACGGACGAUGAAAGUGUCAUGCUACACCUACUAGACGCCAAUUACAUUGAAAGCGACUCUUUCAACCUCUUUUGCAGUGUUAUGCAGGUUGCGCGGUCAUUUUACGAGCACACCGAUGACAAGCCAGUUAAUGGUCAAGCCGAAAUGGCUCCGAUAGUAGCAAGAUCUCAAUUCAUUCAUAAUGAAUUACUCGUGGCUGCAGAUCAUGAGCUAGCCACACAUUUAAACGCUAUUGAGAUUCUGCCCCAAAUAUUUUUGACUCGUUGGAUUCGUUUACUUUUUGGUCGAGAAUUCUCGUUUGACGACACAUUGCUGAUUUGGGACUUAUUAUUUGCAAAUGGCUUGAGAGCCUCCUUAAUUGACCAUAUUUGUGUUGCAAUGCUGCUUCGCAUUAGAUGGAAGCUGCUGGAGGUAGAUUAUUCCUCUGCUUUAACGCUAUUAUUACGCUAUCCUGCCCUUCAGGAUCAUGGUCCACAGACAUUGGUCCAUGAUGGACUAUAUUUGGAGCAGAAUUUGAGUCCCGCUCGAGGAGCGUUCCUGGUGUCUAAAUAUUCUGGUCGACCUCCAGAGCUUGCAAGAGAUCGACAUCAACAACCCCCUAGGGAGUCAUCUCCGAAAAAGGUCGACCGUCGAAGUCAUUCCCGGGAUAUGAGCGGAGGGAGUUCCUCCGGGCAGUCCCCCGCUAGGGCUAAUCAACGAACCCUUGAGUCAUUAUUUCAGGAUGUUUCGGAAGGACUGCAGCGCCGCACAGAAGGCUGGGGGGUCGCAAAGGCGGUGCGCGGUGCUGUCAGUGAGGCAAAGCGCAAUAUGGCUAAUGCCGAAGUUGGAGGUAUCCCUUCAAGAGCCUGGCGCGGUGGCCCUCGAUUUGGAACUCCGAGACUUGGACCUUCCAGGACCUCGGACCCGGUGGACUUGGUGCAGCAGGUGGCUUCUUUGAAAAAACGAGACAACAGCCUUGCAGAAUUGCUGUCAGAAGCGAUACAUGAUUUGAGUCAUAUCAAGGAGUCUACAGUAGGCCUUAGCCUCGAGGCCACGGAGGUACUCGACAGAGCGUUUGAAAGGAUAAAGAUUGUUCAGACAGAGCUUCAAGGUUCAAGUGGAUCGACCAGAACUAAAUCUACAUCAAUAACGACGAAUGAUGAGAAGGUCGCUUCUGAUAAGCCGGAAAUACUCGAAAGAGAAGAAGAAGAAGAGGCGAUCCAAGAGAAACCUACAGAAAAAGCUGCGGUCAAUGAGAAAGAGAAAGCUGACACGAAGGCAGAAGCAUCUAAAGCAGACACAGACUUUGAGCCAGUUGCAACUUCAGCCUCUCCAAGUGCAUCUGACCCUCUACAAUCUCGCUCAACGCCUACAAUAUUACCUAGACGGCCUUUGGCACAAUCCGAAUUCUCAUGGAUGUUAGGCGACAACACACACCGAUCUCAUUUUGUCAGUUCCGCAUCGUUACCACCAGAUCAAAGCAGACGGAGUCAGUCACGGUCGCGACAAGGGUCGCUAUUUGGAGAUGGCCGAGACGAGAAGCGAGAACAGUCGCCGAGGGAUGAAGAUAGCCUGUCCUUGAAUAGUUUCACAUAG